AUGGCAAAUUUGAUUGCGGCACUCAUCUAUGUCUACAUGCAGUUCUUCCCCACGCCGUCAUAUUUCGUUUUGAUUGGUCACAUUUGCUGGCAGCUUGGACAUGGGUUUCCUGCAAUCGUUUACUUGCUACUCAACCGCACAAUUCAACGAGAGGCACUGACAACACUGGGGCUUCGCAAACGUCCUAACGCCGUGGUGCCCAAUAUUAGCCCUGUUCGAAAGGCAAUGAUGAAUUCGGAUUCACAAUACUAG